AUGGCCCUUAAUGUUUGUUUUAAUGUCUUUUACAGGCUGCAGAAAACCAAGAGAGACGAUGCAACAGUCCUAGCGUCCUGUGACUUUAAUGAGAACAGCAACAAGUUUUGUAGCUUCAUUCAGGAUGAGACAGAUGAUGGCGAAUGGAUCAGACAACAAGGAGAAACCUCGACACCAGAUACCGGCCCUCCUGGAGACUAUCCUGAUGGAGCGGGAUACUACAUCUACCACGAGGGCGAUAGCGUGUCAUAUGGAAAGAAGGCUCGUCUGUUGAGCCCGACCAUCUCCUCAUCAUCCAGUCAGAUCUGUGUCCGUUUUCAUUACUACAUGUAUGGAGCAACCCUUAACAAUGUUUUCAAGGUUCUGGCAAAGAGGUCUAGUGGAGAUGACGAGGUCUUCAACAAGAUCGGACCCCAGAGCCCAUCCUGGCUGCUUGGUGAAAUCACAGUGUCAAAACCCAGUGAUGAAAAUGUUGUGAUUGUGUUUGAGGCUCAGAGAGGCUCUACACCUUCCUGUGACACAUCUCUAGACAACAUUGUGAUUACUGAUGGACCCUGUGACACCUGUAUUACUAGCUGCAAUUAUGAUGAUUAUGUCCUUUGUGGAUGGACUGUUGAAAACGACAAUGACGAAAUGUAUGGAUUUGAAAUGUGGAAUGGGCCAACUGAUACUGAUGGCACUGGUCCUGAAGAUGACUUCUCCAAGCCUGGAUUUGGCUACUACAUGUUGAUGGACUCCCAGUGGGGUAACUCUGGUGAAAAGUCUAAGAUCAUCAGUCCUCUUGUAACUCCGGCCUCCGGGUGUCUGGACCUCACCUUCCACUACACCUUGUAUGGUACCAGUAAGAACAUGGCCAUCAGCGUUCAUACCAUUGAUACCAGUGGAGUUCUUGGACCUGCUCUCUUUAACGUUAGAGGGAACAUGGGUGAAGGAUGGAAACCUGCCACGGCCCGCUAUCAGGGAUCUGCUGCUGUUAAGUUUGCCAUUGUUGGGACCUUUGGUGAAACUCCACUCACAGAUAUCGCUGUUGAUGAUGUCUGCAUCUCAACCUGUGAAGCACCACCAACAACUCCUCGACCACCUGUGACAACUCCAAAACCAGUCACUACUACAACACCAAAUCCAUGUCCUCCUAAUGCAGAAUACAUCGAUUGUGGUCCAGCUUGUAUCCCCACCUGUCAGGAACCCUCCACCAACUGCACCGGCUCCUGUAUCAGUGGCUGCUUCUGCAAACCAGGCUUUGUCUUCAGGGGACGGCACUGUGUGCCACUGGAGCAGUGUGGCUGCCUGGAUGACAACAACAACUACUAUGAGCCUGGGGAGAUCAUAUACGGAGACGGCUGCUCAGAGCUGUGUCGCUGUGCAGGGAACUACUCUUUUGAAUGUGUUGACAACUCCUGUGAUAUCACUGAGGAGUGUCGGGAGGUUGAUGGUGUUUCAGGCUGCUAUCCUAAAGGAACAUCUUCCUGCAUAGCAUCUGGUGAUCCCCAUUACACCACCUUUGACAAACGAAAGUACAACUUCAUGGGCAACUGCAGCUAUUUGAUGUCUGCACCUUGUAAUACAACAUCUCUGCAGUACUUUGAGGUCCAUGCUGACAAUGAAAACCGCUACAACAGGCCCACCAUCUCCUAUGUGAAAGCCGUACAUGUGUAUGUACGUCAUGUGAAGAUCUCAAUUCUCAAAGGUGGAACCGUCCAGGUGAAUGGGACCAAUGUCAACCUGCCUGUGUCUCCAGCCCCUGGUGUCUCAGUACACAAAUCCGGAAAGCACUACACAGUUACAACAGAUUUUGGUUUAACUGUUCGCUAUGAUGGGAACCACUUCAUGGAUGUCAAAAUCAUCAAAGACUAUCAUGACUUACUCUGUGGACUGUGUGGAAACUAUGAUGGAGACACCAAAGACGACUUCCGUAAACCAGAUGGAUCAUUGACCAACAACCCCAAUGACUUCGGACACAGCUGGAACACUGAUCCUGAGUGUAACAAGAAACCGAACACCACCAUCCCUGAUUGUAAUGACGACGAACAGGACCUGUAUGAAAGCUCUGGAUACUGUGGCAUUCUUCUGGACAAAACGGGUCCUUUUGCUGUGUGCCACCCCAAAGUCAACCCCAAUAAUUACUUCAGGGACUGUGUCUUUGAUCUGUGUGAGCUGGAUGGAGCCCAGAACAUAUUAUGUGAAGCCAUUGAAGCAUAUGUCAAUGAAUGCCAGGACCGUGGGGUCAACAUUGGAUCCUGGAGGAAUGAGACCUUCUGCCCUCCAACAUGCCCCCCCAACAGUCACUAUGAGCCCUGUGCAGACCCCUGCCAGGAGACUUGCGCAGGAAGGCCUCCCUCCUGUAGUGGACCGUGCUCUGAAGGCUGUGUGUGUGACCCUGGCUACAUCCUGAGUGCUGGAAAGUGUGUUAGCCAGAGUUCCUGUGGCUGCAAACACAACGGACAGUACUAUGAGCCUGGAGAUGAGUUCUAUGUUGAGGACUGCCUGCUGAAGUGCAUCUGUAAUGCUCCCUCAGUUUCGUGUUCAGCCUUUGACUGUCCCCCAAUGACUGAGUGUAAAAACCAGAAUGGAGAUCUGGGAUGCUAUCCCAUCGCACCAGUAACCACUGCUAGACCACCUGUGACAACUCCUAGACCCACUACACCAAAACCAUCAACUCCAGCACCACCAACCACUAGACCACCAAAUCCAUGUCCUCCUAAUGCAGAAUACAUCGAUUGUGGUCCAGCUUGUAUCCCCACCUGUCAGGAACCCUCCACCAACUGCACCGGCUCCUGUAUCAGUGGCUGCUUCUGCAAACCAGGCUUUGUCUUCAAGGGACGGCACUGUGUGCCACUGGAGCAAUGUGGCUGCCUGGAUGACAACAACAACUACUAUGAGCCUGGGGAGAUCAUAUACGGAGACGGCUGCUCAGAGCUGUGUCGCUGUGCAGGGAACUACUCUUUUGAAUGUGUUGACAACUCCUGUGAUAUCACUGAGGAGUGUCGGGAGGUUGAUGGUGUUUCAGGCUGCUAUCCUAAAGGAACAUCUUCCUGCAUAGCAUCUGGUGAUCCCCAUUACACCACCUUUGACAAACGAAAGUACAACUUCAUGGGCAACUGCAGCUAUUUGAUGUCUGCACCUUGUAAUACAACAUCUCUGCAGUACUUUGAGGUCCACGCUGACAAUGAAAACCGCUACAACAGGCCCACCAUCUCCUAUGUGAAAGCUGUACAUGUGUAUGUACGUCAUGUGAAGAUCUCAAUUCUCAAAGGUGGAACCGUCCAGGUAAAUGGGACCAAUGUCAACCUGCCUGUGUCUCCGGCCCCUGGUGUCUCAGUACACAAAUCGGGAAAACACUACACAGUUACAACAGACUUUGGUUUAACUGUUCGCUAUGAUGGGAACCACUUCAUGGACGUCAAAAUCAUCAAAGACUAUCGUGACUUACUCUGUGGACUGUGUGGAAACUAUGAUGGAGACACCAAAGAUGACUUCCGUAAACCAGAUGGAUCAUUGACCAACAACCCUAACGACUUCGGACACAGCUGGAACACUGAUCCAGAGUGUAACAAGAAACCGAACACCACCAUCCCUGAUUGUAAUGACGACGAACAGGACCUGUAUGAAAGCUCUGGAUACUGUGGCAUUCUUCUGGACAAAACGGGUCCUUUUGCUGUGUGCCACCCCAAAGUCAACCCCAAUAAUUACUUCAGGGACUGUGUCUUUGAUCUGUGUGAGCUGGAUGGAGCUCAGAACAUUCUGUGUGAAGCCAUUGAAGCAUACGUCAAUGAAUGCCAGGACCGUGGGGUCAACAUUGGACCCUGGAGGAAUGAGACCUUCUGCUCUCCGGCAUGCCCCCCCAACAGUCACUAUGAGCCCUGUGCAGACCCCUGUCAAGAGACCUGCUCAGGAAGACCUCAGCACUGUAGUGGACCAUGUACUGAAGGCUGUGUGUGUGACCCUGGCUACAUCCUGAGCGCUGGAAAGUGUGUUAGCCAGAGUUCCUGUGGAUGCAAUCACACCAACGGACAGUACUAUGAGCCUGGAGAUGAAUUCUAUGAUGAUGACUGCCUGCUGAAGUGCAUAUGUAACGCCCCUGAUGUUACCUGUUCAGCCCAUGUAUGCCCCCCUAUGACUGAAUGUAAAAACCAGAAUGGAGAGCUGGGAUGCUAUCCCAUUGCACCACCAACAACUCCUCGACCACCUGUGACAACUCCAAAACCAGUCACCACCACAACACCAAAUCCAUGUCCUCCUAAUGCAGAAUACAUCGAUUGUGGUCCAGCUUGUAUCCCCACCUGUCAGGAACCCUCCACCAACUGCACUGGCUCCUGUAUCAGUGGCUGCUUCUGCAAACCAGGCUUUGUCUUCAGGGGACGGCACUGUGUGCCAUUGGAGCAGUGUGGCUGCCUGGAUGACAACAACAACUACUAUGAGCCUGGGGAGAUCAUAUACGGAGACGGCUGCUCAGAGCUGUGUCGCUGUGCAGGGAACUACACUUUGGAAUGUGUUGACAACUCCUGUGAUAUCACUGAGGAGUGUCGGGAGGUUGAUGGUGUUUCAGGCUGCUAUCCUAAAGGAACAUCUUCCUGCAUAGCAUCUGGUGAUCCCCAUUACACCACCUUUGACAAACGAAAGUACAACUUCAUGGGCAACUGCAGCUAUUUGAUGUCUGCACCUUGUAAUACAACAUCUCUGCAGUACUUUGAGGUCCACGCUGACAAUGAAAACCGCUACAACAGGCCCACUAUCUCCUAUGUGAAAGCUGUACAUGUGUAUGUACGUCAGGUGAAGAUCUCAAUUCUCAAAGGUGGAACCGUCCAGGUAAAUGGGACCAAUGUCAACCUGCCUGUGUCUCCGGCCCCUGGUGUCUCAGUACACAAAUCGGGAAAACACUACACAGUUACAACAGACUUUGGUUUAACUGUUCGCUAUGAUGGGAACCACUUCAUGGACGUCAAAAUCAUCAAAGACUAUCGUGACUUACUCUGUGGACUGUGUGGAAACUAUGAUGGAGACACCAAAGAUGACUUCCGUAAACCAGAUGGAUCAUUGACCAACAACCCUAACGACUUCGGACACAGCUGGAACACUGAUCCAGAGUGUAACAAGAAACCGAACACCACCGUCCCUGAUUGUAAUGAAGACGAACAGGACCUGUAUGAAAGCUCUGGAUACUGUGGCAUUCUUCUGGACAAAACAGGUCCUUUUGCUGUGUGCCACCCCAAAGUCAACCCCAAUAAUUACUUCAGGGACUGUGUCUUUGAUCUAUGUGAGCUGGAUGGAGCUCAGAACAUUCUGUGUGAAGCCAUUGAAGCAUACGUCAAUGAAUGCCAGGACCGUGGGGUCAACAUUGGACCCUGGAGGAAUGAGACCUUCUGCCCUCCGGCAUGCCCCCCAAACAGUCACUAUGAGCCCUGUGCAGACCCCUGUCAGGACACCUGCUCAGGAAGACCUCAGCACUGUAGUGGACCAUGUACUGAAGGCUGUGUGUGUGACCCCGGCUACAUCCUGAGUGCUGGAAAGUGUGUUAGCCAGAGUUCCUGUGGAUGCAAUCACACCAACGGACAGUACUAUGAGCCUGGAGAUGAAUUCUAUGAUGAUGACUGCCUGCUGAAGUGCGUAUGUAACGCCCCUGACGUUACCUGUUCAGCCCAUGUAUGCCCCCCUAUGACUGAAUGUAAAAACCAGAAUGGAGAGCUGGGAUGCUAUCCCAUUGGAACAUCUUCCUGCAUAGCAUCUGGUGAUCCCCAUUACACCACCUUUGACAAACGAAAGUACAACUUCAUGGGCAACUGCAGCUAUUUGAUGUCUGCACCUUGUAAUACAACAUCUCUGCAGUACUUUGAGGUCCAUGCUGACAAUGAAAACCGCUACAACAGGCCCACCAUCUCCUAUGUGAAAGCUGUACAUGUGUAUGUACGUCAGGUGAAGAUCUCAAUUCUCAAAGGUGGAACCGUCCAGGUGAAUGGGACCAAUGUCAACCUGCCUGUGUCUCCGGCCCCUGGUGUCUCAGUACACAAAUCCGGAAAGCACUACACAGUUACAACAGACUUUGGUUUAACUGUUCGCUAUGAUGGGAACCACUUCAUGGACGUCAAAAUCAUCAAAGACUAUCGUGACUUACUCUGUGGACUGUGUGGAAACUAUGAUGGAGACACCAAAGACGACUUCCGUAAACCAGAUGGAUCAUUGACCAACAACCCCAACGACUUCGGACACAGCUGGAACACUGAUCCAGAGUGUAACAAGAAACCGAACACCACCAUCCCUGAUUGUAAUGACGACGAACAGGACCUGUAUGAAAGCUCUGGAUACUGUGGCAUUCUUCUGGACAAAACGGGUCCUUUUGCUGUGUGCCACCCCAAAGUCAACCCCAAUAAUUACUUCAGGGACUGUGUCUUUGAUCUAUGUGAGCUGGAUGGAGCUCAGAACAUUCUGUGUGAAGCCAUUGAAGCAUACGUCAAUGAAUGCCAGGACCGUGGGGUCAACAUUGGACCCUGGAGGAAUGAGACCUUCUGCCCUCCGGCAUGCCCCCCGAACAGUCACUAUGAGCCCUGUGCAGACCCCUGUCAAGAGACCUGCUCAGGAAGACCUCAGCACUGUAGUGGACCAUGUACUGAAGGCUGUGUGUGUGACCCCGGCUACAUCCUGAGUGCUGGAAAGUGUGUUAGCCAGAGUUCCUGUGGAUGCAAUCACACUAACGGACAGUACUAUGAGCCUGGAGAUGAAUUCUAUGAUGAUGACUGCCUGCUGAAGUGCGUAUGUAACGCCCCCGAUGUUACCUGUUUAGCCCAUGUGUGCCCCCCAAUGACCGAGUGUAAAAACCAGAAUGGAGAGCUGGGAUGCUAUCCCAUUGCACCACCAACAACUCCUCGACCACCUGUGACAACUCCAAAACCAGUCACCACCACAACACCAAAUCCAUGUCCUCCUAAUGCAGAAUACAUCGAUUGUGGUCCAGCUUGUAUCCCCACCUGUCAGGAACCCUCCACCAACUGCACCGGCUCCUGUAUCAGUGGCUGCUUCUGCAAACCAGGCUUUGUCUUCAAGGGACGGCACUGUGUGCCACUGGAGCAAUGUGGCUGCCUGGAUGACAACAACAACUACUAUGAGCCUGGGGAGAUCAUAUACGGAGACGGCUGCUCAGAGCUGUGUCGCUGUGCAGGGAACUACUCUUUGGAAUGUGUUGACAACUCCUGUGAUAUCACUGAGGAGUGUCGGGAGGUUGAUGGUGUUUCAGGCUGCUAUCCUAAAGGAACAUCUUCCUGCAUAGCAUCUGGUGAUCCCCAUUACACCACCUUUGACAAACGAAAGUACAACUUCAUGGGCAACUGCAGCUAUUUGAUGUCUGCACCUUGUAAUACAACAUCUCUGCAGUACUUUGAGGUCCAUGCUGACAAUGAAAACCGCUACAACAGGCCCACCAUCUCCUAUGUGAAAGCUGUACAUGUGUAUGUACGUCAGGUGAAGAUCUCAAUUCUCAAAGGUGGAACCGUCCAGGUGAAUGGGACCAAUGUCAACCUGCCUGUGUCUCCGGCCCCUGGUGUCUCAGUACACAAAUCCGGAAAGCACUACACAGUUACAACAGACUUUGGUUUAACUGUUCGCUAUGAUGGGAACCACUUCAUGGACGUCAAAAUCAUCAAAGACUAUCGUGACUUACUCUGUGGACUGUGUGGAAACUAUGAUGGAGACACCAAAGACGACUUCCGUAAACCAGAUGGAUCAUUGACCAACAACCCCAACGACUUCGGACACAGCUGGAACACUGAUCCAGAGUGUAACAAGAAACCGAACACCACCAUCCCUGAUUGUAAUGACGACGAACAGGACCUGUAUGAAAGCUCUGGAUACUGUGGCAUUCUUCUGGACAAAACGGGUCCUUUUGCUGUGUGCCACCCCAAAGUCAACCCCAAUAAUUACUUCAGGGACUGUGUCUUUGAUCUAUGUGAGCUGGAUGGAGCUCAGAACAUUCUGUGUGAAGCCAUUGAAGCAUACGUCAAUGAAUGCCAGGACCGUGGGGUCAACAUUGGACCCUGGAGGAAUGAGACCUUCUGCCCUCUGAAAUCCCCAAACAGUCACUAUGAGCCCUGUGCAGACCCCUGUCAGGACACCUGCUCAGGAAGACCUCAGCACUGUAGUGGACCAUGUACUGAAGGCUGUGUGUGUGACCCCGGCUACAUCCUGAGUGCUGGAAAGUGUGUUAGCCAGAGUUCCUGUGGAUGCAAUCACACCAACGGACAGUACUAUGAGCCUGGAGAUGAAUUCUAUGAUGAUGACUGCCUGCUGAAGUGCGUAUGUAACGCCCCCGAUGUUACCUGUUUAGCCCAUGUGUGCCCCCCAAUGACCGAGUGUAAAAACCAGAAUGGAGAGCUGGGAUGCUAUCCCAUUGGAACAUCUUCCUGCAUAGCAUCUGGUGAUCCCCAUUACACCACCUUUGACAAACGAAAGUACAACUUCAUGGGCAACUGCAGCUAUUUGAUGUCUGCACCUUGUAAUACAACAUCUCUGCAGUACUUUGAGGUCCAUGCUGACAAUGAAAACCGCUACAACAGGCCCACCAUCUCCUAUGUGAAAGCUGUACAUGUGUAUGUACGUCAUGUGAAGAUCUCAAUUCUCAAAGGUGGAACCGUCCAGGUGAAUGGGACCAAUGUCAACCUGCCUGUGUCUCCGGCCCCUGGUGUCUCAGUACACAAAUCCGGAAAGCACUACACAGUUACAACAGACUUUGGUUUAACUGUUCGCUAUGAUGGGAACCACUUCAUGGACGUCAAAAUCAUCAAAGACUAUCGUGACUUACUCUGUGGACUGUGUGGAAACUAUGAUGGAGACACCAAAGACGACUUCCGUAAACCAGAUGGAUCAUUGACCAACAACCCCAACGACUUCGGACACAGCUGGAACACUGAUCCAGAGUGUAACAAGAAACCGAACACCACCAUCCCUGAUUGUAAUGACGACGAACAGGACCUGUAUGAAAGCUCUGGAUACUGUGGCAUUCUUCUGGACAAAACGGGUCCUUUUGCUGUGUGCCACCCCAAAGUCAACCCCAAUAAUUACUUCAGGGACUGUGUCUUUGAUCUGUGUGAGCUGGAUGGAGCUCAGAACAUUCUGUGUGAAGCCAUUGAAGCAUACGUCAAUGAAUGCCAGGACCGUGGGGUCAACAUUGGACCCUGGAGGAAUGAGACCUUCUGCCCUCUGAAAUGCCCCCCCAACAGUCACUAUGAGCCCUGUGCAGACCCCUGUCAAGAGACCUGCUCAGGAAGACCUCAGCACUGUAGUGGACCAUGUACUGAAGGCUGUGUGUGUGACCCCGGCUACAUCCUGAGUGCUGGAAAGUGUGUUAGCCAGAGUUCCUGUGGAUGCAAUCACACUAACGGACAGUACUAUGAGCCUGGAGAUGAAUUCUAUGAUGAUGACUGCCUGCUGAAGUGCGUAUGUAACGCCCCCGAUGUUACCUGUUUAGCCCAUGUGUGCCCCCCAAUGACCGAGUGUAAAAACCAGAAUGGAGAGCUGGGAUGCUAUCCCAUUGCACCACCAACAACUCCUCGACCACCUGUGACAACUCCAAAACCAACAACUCCAAAACCAGUCACCACCACAACACCAAAUCCAUGUCCUCCUAAUGCAGAAUACAUUGAUUGUGGUCCAGCUUGUAUCCCCACCUGUCAGGAACCCUCCACCAACUGCACUGGCUCCUGUAUCAGUGGCUGCUUCUGCAAACCAGGCUUUGUCUUCAGGGGACGGCACUGUGUGCCAUUGGAGCAGUGUGGCUGCCUGGAUGACAACAACAACUACUAUGAGCCUGGGGAGAUCAUAUACGGGGACGGCUGCUCAGAGCUGUGUCGCUGUGCAGGGAACUACACUUUGGAAUGUGUUGACAACUCCUGUGAUAUCACUGAGGAGUGUCGGGAGGUUGAUGGUGUUUCAGGCUGCUAUCCUAAAGGAACAUCUUCCUGCAUAGCAUCUGGUGAUCCCCAUUACACCACCUUUGACAAACGAAAGUACAACUUCAUGGGCAACUGCAGCUAUUUGAUGUCUGCACCUUGUAAUACAACAUCUCUGCAGUACUUUGAGGUCCACGCUGACAAUGAAAACCGCUACAACAGGCCCACCAUCUCCUAUGUGAAAGCCGUACAUGUGUAUGUACGUCAUGUGAAGAUCUCAAUUCUAAAAGGCGGAACCGUCCAGGUGAAUGGGACCACUGUCAACCUGCCUGUGUCUCCGGCCCCUGGUGUCUCAGUACACAAAUCCGGAAAGCACUACACAGUUACAACAGACUUUGGUCUAACUGUUCGCUAUGAUGGGAACCACUUCAUGGAUGUCAAAAUCAUCAAAGACUAUCGUGACUUACUCUGUGGACUGUGUGGAAACUAUGAUGGAGACACCAAAGACGACUUCCGUAAACCAGAUGGAUCAUUGACCAACAACCCCAACGACUUCGGACACAGCUGGAACACUGAUCCAGAAUGUAACAAGAAACCAAACACCACCAUUCCUGGAUGUGAUGAAGAUGAGCAGUACCUUUAUGAAAGCUCCGGAUACUGUGGAAUCCUGCUGGACAAAACGGGUCCUUUUGCUGUGUGCCACCCAAAAGUCAACCCCAAUAAUUACUUCAGGGACUGUGUCUUUGAUCUGUGUGAGCUGGAUGGAGCCCAGAACAUUCUGUGUGAAGCCAUUGAAGCAUACGUCAAUGAAUGCCAGGACCGUGGGGUCAACAUUGGACCCUGGAGGAAUGAGACCUUCUGCCCUCUAAAAUGCCCUCCCAAUAGCCACUACGAGCCCUGUGCAGACCCCUGUCAGGAGACCUGUUCUGGUAAGCCUCCAUCCUGUAGUGGGCCCUGCUCUGAAGGCUGCGUAUGUGACCCUGGCUACAUCCUGAGCGCUGGCCAGUGUGUGAAGAACACAACCUGUGGUUGCACAGAUUCUGAUGGACAGUACUACCAGCCCGGAGAGGAGUUUUAUAUCGACAACUGCCAGUCAAAGUGCAUUUGUACUGCCCCCAGUGUUACCUGUUCACCAUACGAAUGCCCCCCAAUGCACGAGUGUAAAAACCAGAACGGAGAGCUGGGAUGUUAUCCAACCGGCUCUCAGGACUGUGUGGUUUCUGGAGAUCCUCACUACAGCACCUUUGAUAAGAAGUUCUACACCUUCAUGGGAACAUGCACCUACACGCUGGCCAGAACCUGCAAGAACAACACAGGUCCCUGGUUCUCUGUGGAGGGGAAGAACGAGGAGCGAGGACUGCCAGGUGUAUCGUACCUGAAGAAACUCUAUGUGACAGUGAACGGAGUCACCGUGACCAUGAUGAAGAGCCGGAGAACGCUGGUGAACAACCUGAGGGUGGCGCUGCCUCACUCCCCCUCUCCCCUGAUGUCCCUGAGCCUGGCCGGCCAGUACGUCACACUGCAGACCACCUUUGGCCUGGUGGUCCGCUGGGAUGGGAACCACUAUGCUCAGAUCUCUGUGCCCAGCUCCUACCAUGACCAGAUGUGCGGUCUGUGCGGCGACUACGACGGAAAACCUGACAACGACUUCACCAAACCAGAUGGCGUCCAGGUCGGGAACGUGAAUGACUUUGGGAACAGCUGGCAGACGGAGGAGGAUGAGGACGACUCCUGUACUCCUGGCACCGGCCCCGGCCUUGACUGCGACCCCAGUGUAGAGGAUGAGAUGGCCAAACCAGACAAAUGUGGCAAAAUCAGUGAUGUUAAUGGGCCCUUCAGGGACUGUAUCUCAAUCGUUGACCCAGAGCCCUUCUUCCAGAGUUGCGUGUUCGACAUGUGUCAGUAUAACGGCAAUCAGAGCAUUCUGUGUGACUCCCUGCAAGCGUACACCGACGCCUGUCAGAGCGCUGGUGCCAAAGUCCACCAAUGGAGGAGUCCAGAAUUCUGCCCGUUGACCUGCCCCCCUAACAGCUCAUACUCACUCUGCGCGAGUUCUUGUCCGGAGACCUGUCUCGGUGUGGUUGGUCCACCCGGUUGUGAGGACGUUUGUGUUGAGGGGUGUGAGUGUAACCCCGGCUUCAUCCUCAGUAAUGACAGGUGUGUCUCCAUUAAAGACUGUGGCUGUGUGGACGAUAACGAAUCCUACCACCCGGUUGGUGAUAACUGGUACUUGGAGGGCUGUAAUCAGAAGUGUCAGUGUCACAGCGGAGGUCUGAUCCAGUGUCAGGACAGCAGCUGUGCCCCAGCCACUGAGAGCUGCCAGCUACAAGACGGAGAGUAUGAGUGUCUACCUGUGGGAUCAGGUAUCUGCUCGGUCUCUGGUGACCCUCAUUACUCCACCUUCGACAAACGUACCCACCACUACAUGGGCGCCUGUUCCUACACCCUCACCAAACCCUGUAAUGAGUCCUCCGGCCUGCCGUACUUCACUGUGGACACCCAGAACGAGCACAGAGGGAGCAACAAGAAGGUGUCGUACGUCAGAGCGGUGGUGAUCAACGUGAAUGGAGCAACCAUCAUCCUUGGGAAGGGACGCAAAGUACAGGUAAACGGCACUGCAGUCGUCCCUCCUGUCACCACCAUCAGCGGGGUCAAAAUCUACCUGAGUGGGAAGUUUGUGGUUCUGGAGACCUCGUUUGGUCUGAGGGUCCGUUUUGAUGGAAACCACCAUGCUGACGUCACCCUGCCAGAUUCCUACAGCGGUCUGCUCUGUGGCUUGUGUGGAAAUUUCAACGAUGACCCCAAAGAUGACAACCUGAAACCAGACAACACGCCGGCAGCAAACACCAACGAGCUGGGAGACAGCUGGCAGGUUCCCGACCCUCGUCCUGACUGCACAAACGGAGGAGGACAGGAGGACUGUGAUGAAGAUGUGGAGGAAGACGCCAAGAAACCGACCAGCUGUGGCAUGAUCACUGAUCCUAAUGGUAUCUUUAAGCCAUGUCACGCCGUGGUUCCUCCAGAGUCAUUCUUUGAAAACUGCGUGUACGACAUGUGUGCGACAGGCGGGCAGCCUGUGGCACUGUGUCAGGCUAUCGAGAGCUACGCUGACAUGUGUGCCGCUGCAGGAGUGUCCAUCGCCUGGAGGAACAACACCUUCUGUCCACUGAAGUGCCCCCCCGGCAGCAGCUACUCCCACUGUGCCCCUGCCUGUCCUCAGCCCAGCUGUCAGAACCCCGCAGGAGAAUCAUGUGACCUGCCAUGUGUGGAGGGGUGCGUCUGUAACCCUGGACUCAUCCUCAGCGGAGACAAGUGUGUCCCACUAAGCGAGUGCGGCUGCACAGAUGAGGACGGGAAGUACCGACCGGUGGGAGACUCGUGGUUCUCAGAGACGGACUGCUCAGAGCGCUGCAGGUGUAACAGCAACAACAACGUCACCUGUGAGCCGUGGGUCUGCAGCCCCGCCCAGGAGUGUAAGGUGGUGGACGGCGUGCUGGACUGUCACUCUACAGGUAAAGGUGUAUGUAUGGUAGCUGGAGAUCCUCACUACUACACCUUUGAUGGAGUGAUGCACACCUUCAUGGGAACCUGCACGUACACUCUGGUGGAGGUGUGUAACACCACCCAGGUCACUGACUUCACUGUUGUGGCUAAAAAUGAAGAGCGUGGCCAGCCAGAGGCCUCGUACGUCCGCUCAGCUAAGAUCUACCUGCCUGGUGAUCAGGUAGUGGAGCUUCAGAAGGGCCGCAGAGUUCUGCUGAAUGGACGUCGAGUUAAGACCCCGGUCACCAUUGAUAUAGCUGGCGCUAAGGUCAUCACCAGCGGCUCAUACAGUCUGUUGGACACCAACUUCGGCCUGCAGGUGAAGUUUGAUGGAGUCCAUCACCUGGAGAUCACUGUGCCUGGAGAAUACUUCAACAAGCUGUGUGGCAUGUGUGGAAACUACAACCACAACUCUAACGACGAUAACCUGAAGCCCGACAAGCAGCCAGCGAAGGAUGCCAUUGAGCUGGGAAACAGCUGGAAGGCAGAGGGAGACAGUGAUCCUGGCUGUCAGCCCGAUGAGCGCCCUGACGUCCAUCCUGACUGCACCCCAGAGGAAGAGGCUCAGUUUGAGGCUCAGUGCAGCGCCAUCCUCCUCUCUGAUGCCUUUAAGCCCUGUCACUCUCUGGUGCCCCCUGAGGCCUUCCUGGGUAACUGCAUAUAUGAUAUGUGUGAGUAUGACGGCAUGCAGGCCACACUGUGUGACAACGUGGAGGCGUACGCUCAAGCCUGCCAGAGCGCAGGAGUGACGGUCAGCUGGAGGACCAGCACCUUCUGUCCUCUGCCCUGCCCCCCUAACAGUCACUACUCAGACUGCACUGCCCCCUGUCCCCCCACCUGCUCAGACCUGUUCCCCAUCUUCUGCCACCUUCCUCCCAGCGCCUGCGUGGAGGGCUGUCAGUGCGACGCCGGGCACGUGCUCAGUGACAACAAGUGUGUUCCACUGGACCGCUGUGGCUGUCUGCAUGACGACGAGUACCAUGACGUGGGAGACUCGUGGCUGACGGAUAAAUGCGCUGAGAAGUGUACCUGUCAGCAGGGAGGAAAAGUCACCUGUAACGAUCACAACUGCAACCCCAACACGGUUUGUUCCCUGGAUAAUGACGGAGAGCUGUACUGCAAACCAACCCAGUUCAAGCGCUGCACAAUCUCUGGGGAUCCUCACUACCGAACCUUCGAUGGCUUCACUCAUCACUACCAGGGUCCAUACACAUACGUCCUGGCUCAGGGUCACAAUGUGGAGAACGUUAACCUGGAGAUGUUCAAGGUGAGAGGGAAGAACAUCCGCCGUGGGGGGAACCGCCGAGUGUCCUUCCUGGAUCAGAUGUUCAUCACCGUGUACGGCAUGGAUGUUCGAUUCCUGCAGAAGAGGACUGUCCUGGUGAAUGGCGAGCGUGUUUCUCCGCCCCUAACCCCGGUGAAUGGUCUGACCAUCACAAUGAACUCCCAGCAGAUUCAGCUGACCACCGACUUCGGGCUCACCGUGCGCUUUGAUGGAAAGAGCAGAGGAGAGAUCGUCCUGCCUAGCACAUACACCAACCAGGUCCGAGGUCUGUGUGGCAACUACGACGGGCUGACCAAGAAUGAAUACAUGAAGCCAGAUGGUGUCGUGGUCAGAAAUCUGAACACGUUUGGAGACAGCUGGAGGGACACAGACCGCCAGGCGGAUGGCAUGAGGAGCUUCGACCUCCCUCAAACUGUCCACGUCCACAAGCGUGACGUAGAGACGGAUCCAGACUCAGGCUUUGAGACGCCAGACUGCUCUCAGUCCCAGCUCAGCAAGUACAUGAGUGUGUCUCAGUGCGGCGCUCUGUCCGACCCCGUUGGCGUCUUCUCACGCUGCCACCAGUUGCUACCUCCACAGCCCUUCCAGGAUGACUGCGUGUUCGACUUGUGUGCGGAGCAAGGCAGCGCAGAGCUGCGAUGUACCAGCUAUGAGGCCUACGUUACUCUCUGUCAGGAGCAGGGCAUCAACCUGGGAGCCUGGAGGAGACAGCUGGGCUGUGUCCUCACCUGUGGCGCCAACAGCUCCUAUACCUCCUGUAUGACUUCAUGCCCCGCCUCCUGUUCUAACCUGGCGGCGCCCUCUGAGUGUGAGGAGGUUUACUGUGCUGAGGGAUGUAAAUGUGAUGCUGGUUUCGUGAUGAGCGAGGGCGCCUGUGUGCCGUACACCCAGUGUGGCUGUACAUUCAACGACAGAUACUAUCCUCUGAGUGAGAAGUUUGUGACAGAGGAUUGUUCUCAGGCCUGUGAAUGCACCCCCACUGGGGUCACCUGCCAACCAAAGGGCUGUGAUAAAGGAUUUGUCUGCGCCAUCUAUGAGUUCAAACGAGACUGCUACAGAGAGAGUCCGUGUCUCAGUCACCCCUGUCAGAACGGAGGAACCUGCAAGGAGGGCACCAACAACACCUACACCUGUGACUGCACCGACGGCUUUGAGGGCGACUACUGUGAGGUGGAGAUCAUCCCACCCCCCGACAACGAGGAGAAAUGGAUCAUCCUGAUCGCGGUCCUCGUCUCCGUUGUGGCCAUCAUCGUCAUUGUGACGACAAUUGUCUGUGUGUGCAAGAAAUCCAAGAAGAAGAAGAUGAAGAAGGGUGAUAAGAAAAACAUCAGCAUGAAAUCAACGUCGAGUAAGAAAGAUCAUCUUUUCAGACUAAAACUCAGAUUUAUGAUCAUAAUUUCAGAAUAAAACACAGAUUGAUAGAUUAUCAUUUCAGAAUAAAACCCAGAUUGAAAGAUUAUCAUUUCAGAAUAAAACCUACAUUUAUAAAAUGCAUUCCAGACUAAAACUCAGCUUUAAAAAUUAUUAUUUCAGACUAAAACUCAGAUUUAAAAAUUUUUAAAAAAAGAUUUACUGGUUAUCAUUUCAGAAUAAACUCAGAUUUAUGGAUUAUCAUUUUAGAAUAAAACUCAGAUUUACAAUUAUCAUUUCAGACUAAAACUCAGAUUUAGAAAUUAUCAUUUCAGACUAAAACUAAGAUUUAUAAAUCAUCAUUUCAGACUUAAACUCAGAUUUAUGUUUUAUCAU